AGUGUCGCAUAGACUGGCAAUGAUCGCGCCCGCACGAUCACGAUUCAUCGCUGGGGCGGCAGACGAUGCUCGCGGGCCUGCAAAGAAGCAGCAAUGGUGGAGGCCCGAUCCGGUGACUGGAACUUGGAUUCCCGAAGGCCACGAAGGGCAAAUCGACACGGUGGAGCUCCGCGAGGAGCGGCUGCGCAGCGUCCCCACGGCAUCGCUUGAGGAUCGCGGAUGGUGGAGCUCGCUGGAAGAUCUUCCCGAUCGAGACGAAGCCACGCCCAAGAACACCAAGAGCACGACUUAAUCCGCAGCUGCAACUCAUCGUCUUGCCAAGAAUAGAAAAGGCGCAAGCGUUUCUAUAUUGGGAUGGUAGUUCUUUGAUAAACACGUUUUGUUAAA